GUUUGCUUGUACUGGUUGUGGGUGUUGUGCGAGAAAGCGACAAAGUUAAGGCAAGAUAGUGUUGAUUUUUUGGAGAAAGUGAGACUUGCACAGAAAUUGGAGAAGGCACGAAAUGAUCCUUCUUUUUCGAGAAAGUUUAACAAGGCAGGAAUGGAUGAGAUAUGUGAUUAUUCGUCAAGCAUGGAACCCCUCUAUUUUGAGACUGACUAUUACCGUGUGGACCUGAGCUUGAUCACCCCGAUUAUUAAAACAAUUACGACGUACUUGAUUGUAUUGAUGCAGUUUCAAGUCGAAACACCAGUGGCUCAAAAAAAUUAAGAGAUAUAUAACUUUCGUUGCAUAUGAGGGUUACAAAAUAUUAAUUCAAUGCAUUGAUUCAUAUGUACAUGCAUCUCUACCACUAAACAGUUCUCUGACAUAUGUAGACUUGUGUGAUUUGGUAGUUAAUAAGGAAGUAUUUGUUUAUUCACUUGGAGUCAUCGUAUGCAUUUUAUUUAUCUUUCCAGCUCUACACAUGUAUGUUAAUGCUGAACGGCAACGGUUAAGAGAAUAUUCUUUAAUUCAUGUUAUAAUUAUAGCUUGUUUCAUGUAGCGAGACAAAUCAGUGCAAAAUUUGUACUACAGAUACAAAUAUUUCUAGUUUCAGUCAAUCUCUACCGGUUUACAUCACCAUUUGCAGCUUCAAAUUAACAAGUAAUUCAUAACAGUAAUGCAUUCAAGACUUGCCAUCAUACUUUUCAUGUUGUCAAUCUUUUACCCAUCGAUGUCUAAAUCUGGGUUGCCUGUAACAAAAAUACUGUACCACGCUGAUAAGUCACAAGAAACAAGUUCUCGACCUUAUAAUUUCACUCCCACCUGGAAAUCCCUCGACUCGCGACCAUUGCCCGAAUGGUAUGACAAAGCCAAAAUCGGGAUAAAAUUUGCAUGGGGGGUAUUUUCUGUACCAUCGUUUCAUGGUGAGUGGUUUUGGUACGACUGGAAAACUUACAAGUAUCCCGACGUCGUAUCUUUUAUGAGGGACAACUACCCCCCAAACUUCACCUAUCAAGAUUUUGCAUCCGACUUCACCGCACAAUUUUACAACACUUCUGAGUGGGUGGACCUGAUAGAAAAGUACGGCGCGAAGUAUGUCGUUUUUAAUGGGAAGCACCACGAAGGGUACACAAUGUACCCGUCGAAAUAUUCUUUUGGCUGGAAUUCAGUGGAUGUCGGGUCUGGACGGGAUCUUCUAGGCGAAUUGGCAACCGAGUUAAGACAGAGAAGGAACGAUAUCAAGUUUGGGAUUUAUCAUUCCUGGUAUGAAUUUUACAAUCCGUUAUAUUUACUCGACAAGAAGAACGGAUUUAACACGUCCGAGUUUGUGGAGAGAAAGACAUAUCCAGAAUUAAUUGAAGCUGUAAUGAGCUACAAGCCGGAAAUCAUUUGGUCAGACGGUGACUGGGAGGCGGAAGAGGGGUAUUGGAAAAGUAAAGAAUUUUUAGCCUGGCUGUACAACUCGAGCCCGGUUAAAAACACGGUCGUUGUAAAUGAUCGGUGGGGAAGAGGAACUGGGUGCAAACACGGUGGCUACUUCAACUGUCAGGAUCGCUACAACCCUGGCGUCCUUCAGCCCCACAAGUGGGAAAACGUGUUAUCCGUGGAUACAAUUUCGUGGGGUUACCGACGCAACGCUCUCGUCCAGGAUUACCACACGACGCAAGAGCUGAUCAUGCAAAUGGUCAUGACGGUCUCGUGUGGGGGCAACUUUCUGCUAAACAUUGGGCCUACGAGGGAGGGAAUGAUACCACCGAUUUCUCAAGAACGACUUGUGCAAAUUGGGAUGUGGCUGAGAAUUAAUGGUGAUGCUAUUUAUGACACGAUCCCAUGGACGAGGGCGCAGAAUGACUACGUCUCCCCGGGCGUUUGGUACACUUACAAACCAAGAGAAAAUAAAUUGUUUGCGAUUUUGUUAGAGACCAAUUGGCCGAAGGAAGGCCAAUUGGUUUUGGGAUCUGUGGAUAGUAAAAUGAUGAAGAUUUCAAGCGUUGGGAUUUAUGGGGUGCUGGAUAAAGGAGAAAAGCUGUUAGCGUGGUUACCAUGUGUUGAAGGGGGUGGUUGUAAAGAUGGUGGAAUCAUCGUAACGUUGCCAAAUAUUAGACCAAAUUCGAGAAAUAGGUGGGGAUGGGUGUUAAUAAUACAUUAUGUGUAAUUUUAUUACAUAGAUUUUUUGGUUAAUUAAGUCUUAAUACACAUUUUUAAAUUUCUUUAUUGCAGAUUGCAAAACAGUAAGAAUAAAUGAAGGUGAAAGUA